AUCCAGACUUCAACUCAACUCCCAACUCAGCUCAACUCAACCCCACCCUCCUCUGUCCUUCUCGCCCGAGAACAGACUCUACCGUUUGUUUCCCACACUACGAGCUGAUACUCUUCGCAAGUGAACACAGAGAAACCCUUCCUUCCUCCGCCGCCAUGAGCAUUGUAGAUGUCCCGCAGUUUCUGGAGGAGCAGAGAGACGAUGCCCCUGCUGAGCUGCAACAUCUGUACCUCGACUUCGAAGAUCUCUGGGAGCGCAAGCUGUGGCAUCAGUUGACCGACACCCUCAUACAAUUUUUCAAUCACAAAGAUAGCGCCUCGCAACGAUUGGCCUUCUACAAAACAUUCAUCCUCACCUUCGCCGACAAGAUUAAUCAGCUCAAGCUUGUAACCUUAGCCUUGAGCGCAGCUUCUCAAUGCAAAGACAGUGAGGAGCGCCUGUCUUUCCUUGCCGCAGCAGCAAACAAAGUCAACAACCCCAAUUCCCAGGAUGCCUAUGUCUACGCCACCGUAGCUGUAGCCACUGUGAAGCUCGAGUUGAAGGAUCUGGAGGGCGCGAGAAAAGAUUUGGACAAGUCAGAGAAGAUCCUGGAUAAUUUCGACUCUGUCGAGACGAUUGUGCAUGCAGCAUUCUACCGGGUCAAUGCCGAAUACUACCAGUCUAAACUCGAGUUCGCAUCCUACUACCGAAAUGCCCUCCUCUACCUUGCUUGUAUCGAAGUCACUGAUUUGUCACCCGCCGAACGCAGAAGCCGGGCUUAUGACCUUGCUAUCGCAGCUUUGGUCUCGGAUACCAUUUACAACUUCGGUGAACUGCUUUUACAUCCAAUCCUGAACGACUUGAAGAAGGACGAUACUUGGCUUUAUGAGCUCCUGUUCGCCUUCAACCGCGGAGAUCUUGCUGCGUACGACGUUCUUGCUGGCCACAUCUCCUCCAAUACUCUUCUUGCAGAACACCGCGAUGAAUUAAGACAGAAAAUAUAUCUGGCUGCUUUGACCGAGACUGUGUUCCGAAGACCACCUCACGACCGUGAGAUGUCUUUCCGUACCAUUGCUGAGGAGACCAAGGUUCGACCGGAUGAGAUUGAGCACUUAAUUAUGAAGGCAUUGAGCUUAGGACUGUUGAGAGGAAGUAUCGACCAGGUGGACGAGAUUGCACGGAUCAACUGGGUACAGCCUAAGGUGCUGGACAUGAAGCAAAUUGACAACAUGCGAUUAAGACUUCAGGAAUGGGAUUCAAGUGUCAACCAGCUGGGCAAUUGGAUCGAAUCUAAGGGUCAAGAUGUUUGGGCGGCGUGAUUUGGCAUGGCAUGGCGUCUGGGCAUGAUGAGAAUUGCUGGGGUGUAUGAUAGAUAUCUUUGAGCAUGGGACAGGCAGUGUCCGUUACGAACAAGACACCUUCACCGUUAGCGCAAAGGUGUAACAACUGCAAUGAAAAGAAUUUCCUCCAAAUCACUUCUGC